GGCGAUGUGGGGACUCGUGUCCAGGGGCCCUGGCCGGGGGCUGCUGCUGGCGCUGGCGCUGGGCGGGCUGGCGCGGGCCGGGGGCGUGGAGGUGGAGCCCGGCGACGCGCACGGCGAAAGCGGGGGCUUCCAGGUGGUCACCUUCGAGUGGGCCCACGUGCAGGAUCCCUACGUCAUCGCGCUCUGGAUCCUCGUGGCCAGCGUGGCCAAGAUCGGGUUCCACCUGUCCCACAAGGUCACCAGCGUGGUUCCCGAGAGCGCCCUGCUCAUCGUGCUGGGCCUGGUGCUGGGCGGCAUCGUCUGGGCGGCCGACCACAUUGCGUCCUUCACACUGACGCCCACCGUCUUCUUCUUCUACCUGCUGCCCCCCAUCGUGCUGGACGCCGGCUACUUCAUGCCCAACCGACUCUUCUUUGGCAACCUGGGCACCAUCCUGCUGUACGCCGUCGUGGGCACCGUGUGGAAUGCGGCCACCACCGGCCUGUCCCUCUAUGGCGUCUUCCUCAGCGGGCUCAUGGGCGACCUGAAGAUCGGGCUGCUGGACUUCCUCCUGUUUGGCAGCCUCAUCGCUGCUGUGGACCCAGUGGCUGUCCUGGCUGUGUUUGAGGAGGUCCACGUCAACGAGGUCCUGUUCAUCAUCGUCUUCGGGGAGUCACUGCUGAAUGACGCGGUCACCGUGGUCCUGUACAAUGUGUUUGAAUCUUUCGUGGCGCUGGGAGGUGACAAUGUGACUGGCCUGGACUGCGUGAAAGGCAUAGUGUCCUUCUUCGUGGUGAGCCUGGGGGGCACGCUGGUGGGGGUGAUCUUCGCCUUCCUGCUGUCGCUGGUGACGCGCUUCACCAAGCACGUGCGCAUCAUCGAGCCCGGCUUCGUGUUCAUCAUCUCUUACCUCUCCUACCUGACGUCCGAGAUGCUGUCGCUGUCGGCCAUCCUCGCCAUCACCUUCUGUGGCAUCUGCUGUCAGAAGUACGUGAAGGCCAACAUCUCGGAGCAGUCGGCCACCACCGUGCGCUACACCAUGAAGAUGCUGGCCAGCGGUGCCGAGACCAUCAUCUUCAUGUUCCUGGGUAUCUCGGCCGUGAACCCAUUCAUCUGGACCUGGAACACGGCCUUCGUGCUCCUGACGCUGGUCUUCAUCUCCGUGUACCGGGCCAUCGGUGUGGUCCUGCAGACCUGGCUCCUCAAUCGCUACCGUAUGGUGCAGCUGGAACCCAUUGACCAGGUGGUCCUGUCCUAUGGGGGUCUGCGCGGGGCCGUGGCCUUUGCCCUGGUGGUACUUCUGGAUGGAGAGAAGGUCAAGGAGAAGAAUCUGUUCGUCAGCACUACCAUCAUCGUCGUGUUCUUCACCGUCAUCUUUCAGGGCCUGACCAUCAAGCCACUGGUGCAGUGGCUGAAGGUGAAGAGGAGCGAGCACCGGGAACCCCGGCUCAAUGAGAAGCUGCACGGCCGUGCUUUCGACCACAUCCUCUCGGCCAUCGAGGACAUAUCCGGACAGAUCGGGCAUAAUUAUCUUAGAGACAAGUGGUCCCACUUCGACAGAAAGUUCCUCAGCAGGGUCCUCAUGAGACGGUCAGCCCAGAAGUCUCGAGACCGGAUCCUCAAUGUCUUCCACGAGCUGAACCUGAAGGACGCCAUCAGCUACGUGGCUGAGGGAGAGCGCCGCGGGUCCCUGGCCUUCAUCCGCUCCCCCAGCACCGACAACAUGGUCAACGUGGACUUCACGCCACGAUCGUCCACCGUGGAGGCCUCUGUCUCGUACCUCCUGAGAGAGAAUGUCAGCGCCGUCUGCCUGGACAUGCAGUCUCUGGAGCAGCGGCGGCGGAGCAUCCGGGACGCGGAGGACAUGGUCACGCACCACACGCUGCAGCAGUACCUGUACAAGCCGCGGCAGGAGUACAAGCAUCUGUACAGCCGGCACGAGCUCACGCCCACGGAGGACGAGAAGCAGGACCGGGAAAUCUUCCACAGGACCAUGCGGAAGCGCCUGGAGUCCUUCAAGACGACCAAGCUGGGGCUCAACCAGAACAAGAAGGCGGCCAAGAUGUACAAGCGGGAGCGUGCCCAGAAGCGGAGAAACAGCAGCAUCCCCAAUGGGAAGCUGCCCACGGAGAACCCCGUGCAGAAUUUCACCAUCAAAGAGAAAGACUUGGAACUUUCAGACACCGAGGAGCACCCCAACUAUGAUGAGGAGAUGAGCGGGGGAAUCGAGUUCCUGGCCAGUGUCACCAAGGACACAGCAUCCGACUCCCCUGCAGGAAUUGACAACCCUGUGUUUUCUCCGGAUGAGGCCCUGGACCGCGGCCUCCUGGCCAGGCUGCCGCCCUGGCUAUCUCCCGGGGAGACGGUGGUCCCCUCGCAGAGGGCCCGCACACAGAUUCCCCACUCUCCCAGCACCUUCCGCCGCCUGACGCCCUUCCGCCUCAGCAGCAAGUCGGUGGACUCCUUCCUGCAGGCAGACGGCCCCGAGGAGCGGCCCCCCGCCGCCCUCCCCGAGUCCACACACAUGUGACACCGGCUCCGACACGCCGCUGACUGGACGGUCGUCCCCGCGCCACGGGCCGCCAGCCGCGGCCGCCGC